AUGACCGACCACAAGACGCUCAAGGAGUACAGCCAGCACACCAAGUACCUCGUUCACGAUCCGGAAACCACCUGCGUCGUCGGCGACCAGGUCAAGAUCCGCAACUGCCGCCCCGUCUCUGCCCGGAAACGGUUCGAGUUUGUCGAGGUGACCAAGGGCGCGCGCGAGCGCCUCCAGAGUGUGCACGGAGCGGGCGCCGUCCCGGACGAGCUCCUGAGCGACGAGGGCGUCGAGGCCAUGCGGGCCGACGAGGCGGUGGCGCAGGCGGCGUGA